CCCGGUCGCCAGAGGCACCUUCGUCCAACACGCUCUUUCGCGGCCCUGUUGCGCAUGUGCAGAGCUCCUCCAGGUUGGACUCCCGACGAGCAGGCUCCGCCUUCUCCUGCGUAGGCUCGGUCUGCGCAUGGGCAAGCAGGCGAGGGGGCGGGGCGUAUGUGAGGCCGAGUUCGUCGAGGCCUGCCUGGGCCUCCGCGGCGGGAGAGAGAGCGAACGGGGUCGGGGGAAGGAUGCGGUGGCGCCGGGGGUUUCCUCCGAGGCCCAUCGGCCUGCUCUUCGUGCUCCUUCUCCAGAGGGCAGCAGGGGAGGCCUGCGCCCCUGCCGGGCCUUGCUCCUGCCGGCGAGGCGUGUUGGACUGCAGCCGCCUCCGAGCGACGGGUCGGAGCGUGGAACCGGGCCUGCUGCUGCCGCUGCCUCCCGACACCACAGCACUUGACUUAAGUCAUAACCAUUUGUCAUCCUCUAAUUGGAGCAUUGAUUCAUCGGGUCAAAAAUUACAAGAAGUGAAGUUGAACUACAAUGAGCUAACUGACAUCCCCUGUUUUGGAGAAUUAACUUCUAAUAUCACAUUGCUCUCACUAGUCCAUAAUACAAUCCCAGAGAUUGUCCCUGAACAGCUUCAGCUUUUUGUUUCCUUGGAGAACCUUGAUUUGAGCUCUAAUCUUAUCUCUGAAAUCAAAAUUUCUUCAUUCCCACGGAUGCAGUUGAAGUACUUGAAUCUGAGCAACAACAGAAUAACUACUCUGGAAGCAGGCUGCUUUGAUAAUUUAUCCAGCUCUCUAAUAGUUGUUAAACUAAACAAAAACAGAAUAAGUGUGAUUCCACCAAAGACCUUCAGACUUCCUCACGUACAGUAUCUGGAACUUAAAAGAAACCGGAUUAAAAUAAUAGAUAGCCUGACCUUCCAAGGUUUGGAUUCCUUGAAGUCAUUAAAAAUGCAGCGCAAUGGGAUUAGCAGACUAAUGGAUGGCGCCUUCUUUGGAUUGGAUAAUAUGGAAGAACUAGAACUGGAACAUAAUAACUUAACAGAAGUAAACAAAGGCUGGCUCUAUGGUUUGAGGACUUUACAACAACUUUAUGUCAGUCAGAAUGCCAUUAACAAGAUUGGACCUGAUGCAUGGGAGUUCUGCCAAAGACUUUCUGAAUUAGAUCUAUCAUACAACCAACUGACCCGCCUAGAUGAGUUUGCUUUUGUUGGACUGAAUUUACUGGAGAGAUUAAAUCUAAGUGAUAACAGAAUCAGUCACAUUGCAGAUGGUGUCUUUAAGGGACUUUCAAAUCUACAAACUCUAGAUCUGCGAAAUAAUGAGAUCUCCUGGGCUAUUGAAGACUCAAAUGAAGCAUUUGUAGGACUUGAGAGACUCAAUAAAUUGAUUCUACAAGGAAACCAGAUUAAGUCAAUCACAAAGAGAGCAUUUUUUGGACUUCAGGUUCUUGAAUAUUUGGAUCUGAACAACAAUGCAAUCAUGUCCAUUCAAGAAAAUGCUUUUUCCCAACCACUCAAAGAGCUGGUAUUGAACACUAGCAGUUUACUAUGCGAUUGCCAAUUGAAAUGGCUGCUCCAGUGGCUCACCCAGAGUAAUUUACAGGAUACUGUCAAUGUCAUUUGUGCUCAUCCUGAGCGGUUGGCUGGACAGAGCAUCCUCACUGUGAAUCCUGAAGACUUUGUCUGUGAUGAUUUUCCCAAGCCUCAGAUCAGAACACAUCCUGAGACAGCCAUUGCUCUGAGAGGCACCAAUGUCACCCUGACAUGCAAGGCAGUGAGCAGUAGUGAUUUGCCCAUGUCCACCACCUGGCGAAAAGACAGUGAGAUAUUGUAUGAUGCAGAUAUAGAGACUUUUGUCAGGUACCAGCAGCAAGAUGGUGAAGUCUUGGAAUACACUUCUAUCCUGCAUGUAUUCAAUGUCAAUUUCACUGAUGAAGGAAAAUACCAGUGUAUAAUCUCCAAUCACUUUGGGUCCAAUUACUCCAACAAAGCCAAGUUGACUGUCAAUGAACUGCCUUCUUUUAUAAAAACUCCGAUGGAUCUCACUAUACGAACUAGAGCCAUGGCUAAACUGGAGUGUGCUGCAGAAGGCCAUCCCCCACCUCAGAUUUCCUGGCAGAAAGAUGGAGGCACAGACUUCCCUGCAGCUCGUGAAAGACGCAUGCAUGUAAUGCCAGAAGAUGAUGUCUUUUUCAUAGCAAAUGUGAAAAUAGAAGAUAUGGGGAUCUAUAGCUGCAUGGCCCAAAAUGUAGCAGGAGGAAUAUCAGCAAAUGCCACGUUGACUGUGUUAGAAACACCUUCAUUUGUCAGGCCGUUAGAGGACCGGACCGUGGCCCAAGGUGAAACAGCAGUGUUGCAAUGCAUUGCUAGUGGUAGCCCUGCCCCUCGCCUAAACUGGACUAAAGAUGAUGGGCCCCUGACCGUAACAGAACGGCAUUUCUUCGCUGCUGCCAAUCAGCUUCUUAUCAUUGUAGAUGCUGGGUUAGAGGAUGCUGGGAAAUACACUUGUGUCAUGUCUAAUACACUUGGUACGGUGCGUGGCCAUAUCUACCUGUAUGUCAUCUCCUCACCAAACUGUGACUCUUCUCAAAGCGGCAUUGGGAUUGAAGAAGAUGGCUGGACAACGGUUGGCAUUGUGAUAAUAGUUGUGGUCUGCUGUGUUGUUGGCACUUCUUUGGUUUGGGUCAUUGUUAUCUAUCAUAUGAGAAGGAAGAGUGAAGACUACAGCAUCACUAACACAGAGGAAGUAAACUUGCCUGCUGAUAUUCCCAGUUACUUAUCUUCCCAAGGGACUUUGUCUGAGCCACAGGAAGGCUACAGUAAUUCAGAGGCAGGAAGCAACCAGCAGCUUAUGCCUCCUUCCAGUGGUUAUGUGCACAAAGGCACAGAUGGUGGCACAGCACAAUUGGUGAUCUGCUCUGAUUGCUAUGAUAAUGCCAACAUCUAUUCCAGAACCAGGGAGUAUUGUCCGUAUGCAUAUGUCACUGAAGAUGACCCACUUGAUCAAACACUGUCCAACCUAAUGGUGCAGAUGUCCAAAGAGCCGUACCCAGUAUGCCCCCAGCAUGAAGCCACCACUCUGGAUGGUCUCCCAGGUGACAGAGACAUGUCCGUCUUCCUUAACAAUCAAGACAGACUACAUGAGAAGAAACCUUGCCCCCAGCCGUGCAAUACUGAUCCUUUCCGGCUAUCUUUAUGGGGUGUCAAUAAAGAUCUAGGUUUGUUGCAUCCUUGUUUCUCACCCCAGCCAAAGACCCAUGAUGUGCCUCAUGUUCUACUAAGUGAAGGCAUUGCGGAAACUGGACAGGAACAAGUUAUUUCCCCCAGAUCCCAUCAUAAGUUACAUGAACAUAACUUUGACUUUGACAGAACUCAGAACUUACAGGAACAUCAUGAAGCUACAUAAAAGUAAUCAAAGUAUGCAAAACUUAUCAGCAAGCUUGGAGCAGUCAACAGUGUCUUUUCUACCUCAGGUUUUGCCCCAUGGCCAAAGGUGCUUCAUGCUUGCGACAGGAGCUUUGCUGAACACAUCUGUGAGUGCCUGCUACACACUAAAAGUGGGCAGUAGCAAAUGAUGACUUUCCUUCUGUUUGAGUCCCACCAAGUGGCACAGGGUCCUAAUUACUGGACAUAAAGGAACAAACUACACUUAGUGGUUAAAAGUGAAAAUGGAGGGUAUGUUGCCUUGUUAAUAGUUCCAUGAAAACUUUCCUGCUGAAGAAACCAACUUUAAAGAGACCAUUUGCAAACUCCUUGGUAAUCAAUCUUGCUUAACAUGACUCUUCUGACAACUAGCAGGAAUUUACAUCAGCAUCUUCAAUCACAAACAUCCCUUCCUCUGGCUGAAAUCCUCAGCUGUAAAUACAUUUGCAUAGUAUAAAUAUUUUGUAUACACUACUAAACAUAAAUUCCAGACUGAAAUGUAAAUUUUGUAUUAUGCCAAAAAUUACUGUUGUAUCAUUUUAACAUCUGCUGACCAGUUAGUAAAAGAUUAGUAAUUACUGUCAUAGGAUUAAAUUCUUAAGGGCUGAUUCAUACAGUCAUUCGUAGCACAUGAUGGUUGCAGCUUUCAUAUGUUGUCCUGUUCAUUGGAAAUAUUCAUUGUUUGAUGGCUUUUUCACACAGUAGUCGUCUGUAUGGCAACAGCUAUUAAUAGGAAUGAUCUCCCAUGAUGAAGACUUGAAUCAGUUCAUAGGAUCUGAACUAGGAAUAGAUAUUUGUGACAUGGGUUCACAUGACUCAUGUUUUUCCUGUGUAGCCUAUAGAUUAUAGUUAGAAUUCUGAAGCUGGGAACUUGAGAGGUUACACUCUAAACUUCAUGAUUUCUGAAUAGGAUUUGCAGUCUGACUGCACUGUGUCCACAUUGUUCAAGACUUAACUGGUGAUUUUUAUGUGUAAAUGAAUCAUUGCAGGCUAAAUAGAACUUCCACUGCACUUCAAAAAUAAUGUUUUUCAGUAUAAUUUGUUCAGACAUAUGACUGUAGCAAAUGGAGGGAUGAGGAUACAGUAGGUUCUGCUAUGAUGCAAUAGUUGUGUUCCUUUAAAAAAAUCCACAUUUUGUGCUCUAAAAAGAAUAGGAUUUUUUGAGAAAAAUAAAGUUAGGUACAGAUCUCUGAAAACACUACAGGCAGUCCCCAAGUUAUGAAAAAUACAUGUUCUGUAGGUUUGUUAAGUUGAUUUUGUAUAUACAUCGGAAUAGGUAAGUCCAGCCAAAAAUAUAUACAUUUCAGCUUUGCAUAGCAUAGGGAAGGGUGAACACUCCUGUGGUGUUCGUUUUGCUGUCUGUGCCUCUGUUCAGAAGAUUUCACUUCAUUUUCUGUCCCUAUGAAAAGUUUGGCUUGUUGUGGAAAUGAUGAGUGGAGAUAAAACUUCAGUGGAGACACCCUUUAUCCAUGAUAAUUCUUUCAGGAGUGAAUUCCCCCUUCCUAGCAGUAGAUUUCUCUCACUUCCUGUUGUCUCAUCCCCGUUCUUAAAUAUGAGUCAUUUGUAAGUCGAAUGUUUGUAACUCAGGGACUGCCUGUACGUUUAUCUAAGCUGUUUAUUUAACUUACCAUUGAUUUUAUUCUUCUGAAAAUACAAUAAAAUUGGCUGGGUCAUUGGAGUUCCUCUCCCUGCAUGCAUAAAUAUUUGCUGCUGUUGUUCACAGACACACAACACUCAGGAGCAACAACAAACCUACCACUUCUUGUGAUCAGUGUUUAGCUAUGGCAGAAAUUCCCUCACUUCCCUCCCUACUUCCUCUUACAACAACAAACCCAGCCAAACAUUGACUCCUGCGGUGUGAGGAGAUAUAGCUUCGCUGUUGCUGCUCCUGAGAGUUUGUUUGCAGCAGGAGAGAAGGCCAUUUGAUCUUAACUGGAGGGACAGGAAGAAGAGAGAGCAGAAUUUUGAUGGUAGACAAUGCCGGCAAAAUAAAAAGAUAGGGAGUGUGUUAUGUGAAGAAACAACAGGCACUUGCUAGGACCAAGAAAUUGCUUGAUUUGGUUUGGUUCAGUUAGGCAGGGUGCUCUUUCUUGGAACUGAACCAUGAAGAUGAGGAGAGAUGGGGUCAUCACUUGACACCUGAGAUGCAGAGAGGCACCAAUCUGCCAAUUUUGAAUGCUUGGGAUAGAUAGUGUGCUAUUGACAAUUAAAAGUUCAUGUUCUGCAAAUUGUGUUCCCUGUUAAUUGCUUUAUUGCCAAUUUGUAUCGUAAAAAAACACAAUCCAGCAUAACUUACUGUUCAUGGUUUGAAUGGCCUUGGGAAUUGAAAAAAUGAGCUUCUGUAUUUAGCAAGAGAAGAACCUGUGGUCCUUGCAGCUGGCAUAGGAGUAAAACGGAAUGUGUUUCUGUGGUACUAAGUUUCUGUUGUACUCCAAAACAAUAUGUAAGUGUGGCGUAUGACCAUAGCUGUAGUGAUUUUGUGGACAAACCUCAGGCAAUGUAAGAUUAUCUCAGGGUAAAGAAGAAAGGCUACAUUGCUGGUUAUUAUCUAUCUUUCUUGCUGUGACAUUUCAGAAGUUUGGGGUGCAGCUUGAAGAUAUCUCUGAAACUGUAAAUAUGCAACUAUAUGUAACUGUGUUAACCAUGACCAAGCAUCUACUAUAUUCAAACUAAACUGAAAAAUUGUAGCUAUCAGUACAGUCUUAGGGAUACCUAUUUAGAUGCAAUACCCUCAAUGUUCACUGAGAUCUAAGCUUAGGUAAGUGGGCAUAAAACAGUAGCCUACAUGUGCAAAUUAGCCACAGCUUGAGAACAUUAAUCUGUCCACACAGUUUUGUAAAAGAUAUUGCCAGAACAAUUUAGAUAUCAUUUUAUAGUAGGAUGGUGGUGGGCAUGAAAAGACUGCAGAAGUAAUUACAAUCCCAGUUAAUUGAUUUAAUUUGCAUAUAUUUCAUUUUGAAUUAAUCUUGGCUAGUAUAAUUGCUAGCUUCCUUUUAGUAGUUGGAAUUCUGGUGGUUUCUUAUGGCUGUGUGCAUAUCCUGUUACAUAGAGCAGGAGAUUAUGGCUGGAAGCAGUGAGGUACUCUCUUUUUUGUAACACAAAAUUCCCCAAUGGACUUGUCUUAAUCAUGCCGAGUGCCUUGCCAGGUACAAAAGUUAUUCAAGGGCAAACUACAUACAUAGUUGGAUUCUUGCCUUCAGGGGAGAGGGCAGUAUAAGAAAGUGCCAAGUCUCAGGCUGCCCACUCCUGCUUAAUAUUGAUACCCAAAAUCUUACAGGGCUCUAAAGCCAAAGCCUUCAAGAGUGCCUGAAACUUCUAAAGGCAAGAUUUCUCAUUGGCUGCCAGAUGUAUUAAGUUUCUUUUUGUAGAGCAGGGAGGCAUACUCUCUUUUCAUCUCAGUCAGGUGUUUGCUUCAAAGCAUUCUAGGUAUAAUUCAGUGUUAGAUUAUAAUUUCUUCUUACCUCUUCUAUUCAUUAUUUGGCAGCCUAUAUCUGAUCUAUAGCAGCAAAAGUUAAACAGAUAUACAGUAAAUACGCAGUGUUUGUAGGUGGGAGGGGGGAAAACCUAUUUCAUCCCCCAGAUCACAAACACACUUUAAGUCAGAGUUGUGUAAGAGCAGCAUCUAUGCUAUUUAAAUUGCCUUGGGUGAAACACUAGGAGCUUUUAAGAGUAUACAAAUUGGGCAGAAGCUGAAAUUGAUCUGAUCUCUCACAUCUUUGAAGAAAGGGCAAUUGUGGCAUGAAUCACUCUUUGUAAUCUUAUUGGAAAGUAUGUCAUGAUGUUCCUCUGGGGUUAAAAUCAUUCUGUCAAGGAAGACUGUUUUGCAGUGGUAUUGCAUUUUGCUGAUUCUGCAUGUUCAGCUGUACAUACCUUCAGGACAGUUAAAGCAUUCUUCUACCACCUGAUGUAAAGCUAUUUCAUUAAAUGUACACUUGAGGCUUGUUUUCUAAAUUUAGGAGAGUCGAAGUCUGCUGAUGGGAAAUCCAUCCUGCAUAAUGCAGACUGUAGGACAAGCUUGGGCUGGCAAGUUUGUGAGAACCAAACUUCAUCAUAUAUAUUCUCUUGAAAUGAACUAUGCCACCAUGCAAAUGUCUCAUUGCAAAAAUAAUGCCAUCUAGAACACUGGAAUCUCAAAUAUAUUAGUGCAGAAAAAAAAUUGUUGGGGCUCCUCAUUGGCAACUCAACUUUCAUAGUAACAAAAUCAUUACGUGAAAUAUGACAGAAAAGAUUGGAGGAGAAAUUGUCUCAGAAGUGAAGGUAGAUAUUUGAACAACGUGCACAAGAUGCUCUGGAAGUAGGAGAUCAAAGGAUUUAAGAAUUUUGGAACAUCUCAUUCUAUAGUAUGGUGUGGAGGGAGCUUAUUUGACUUGGAUAGUGAAUAAACCAAAAUCAGGUGUUUGAUCCUCCAGAUGUUGAACUGCAUCUCCCAUUGUGUCUCACCAUUGCUGUGCUUGGUAAAGCCAAUGGGAGUCACUAUCUGACAAAAUCCAGAGGACCACAUUUUUCCCAUUCCUUCUGUAAGGUAACAUGCUUGAGAUGAGAGUAAGGACGCAUAAUUUUGAAAGAUGUUUCACUUUGUUUUCUAUGGGAUCCGUGUUUAAAUUGCAGGGAAGAAAGUUAUUCCACCAAUUUUUUUGUCAAUGCCAAAGUAAUUAUAGAUGGACCGUUGUAAGACAGCGCAAACCAAUAGUUCCUUGCCUGCAGCUGUCAUUUCCUUGUAUCUAUUUAUAUUUUCCUCACUUAUCAGAAUGUAUAUUUUGUAUAGCAUGUGUUAUAUGUUUGUCUGUUGUAAUUUUCCUUCAUCCAAUAAAGGAACACACAGUAA